AUGCAUAGUGAUUGUGGCACAAACUUCGUGGGUGCAUCACGAAUCCUGACUCCGUUGAAAACCUUCCUUCACUCAAGUUCCUUUCAAGAUCGAGCACAUCAACAGUUAGCGAAAACGGGUGUAAAAUGGUUCUUCAAUCCUCCCUCGUCACCACAUUUCGGCAGGUUGUGGGAGGCUGGUGUCAAAUCUGCCAAGGCACUGAUUCUCAGAUGCAACGGUGGCGUCUCAUCACUGACCUGCAUCGCCACUUCUGGUCGAGAUGGAAAAAUGAGUACCUAUCCAGUCUACAACACCGGAGAAAAUGGUCUGACAAUCAAGGGAAAUUGGCUCUUGAAUCUUGAUGAUCUUGUCCUGAUCAAAGAGCCCACGGCUCCUCUUCAUUGGCACCUCGGACGAAUCGUAAAGCUGCAUCCUGGAUCGGACGGAGUUUCCCGCGUUGCAACCGUUCGAACUGCAACGGGCCUCCUGACCAGACCUGCUGUCAAGCUUUGUCCUCUACCUUCUCCUUGA